AUGGGUAUUCAGGAAUUUUACAACAAUCAGACAAUGGGUGCCGACCUUCUUAUCAAUCCCGCUUGGAUUAUCCCUCAUACAGGCUCCUUCCCACGCAACGAGCAUGGUGGCUACUAUUAUCAAUUCACACGACGAUUUGCUGCAAAUCGCACUCAACGACUGAUGAAGCCUCCUCAAGUUGCCUUUGACAAGCAGGUUCCUGAAGGUGUCGAAUCGGAUCCUCGAGUGAUCGCCUUCGUUUUACCUCUACUCGAGACGGUCGGCAUCGAUUUCGACUUGCCGGACGCGGCCACUCUGAUUAUCAAGGUGGUUUACUCAUACGCCUUCGCUCUGGAUUUUUUUUCUGCGCUAAGAAGCCAGAGGCCCGACUUUGUCUAUUGGCUGGCGGUUGAUAGCGGUAUCCAAUCAUUGCCCCUACCCUUCAAUCGCGACAUGUUCCAGAGUAUCAACGAGGAUCUCAGCCAGGACCUCAGCUAGCUAGAUGUCUAGAGCAGGGUUAGCUGUGAUGCACCCUAUAACAAUAAAAAGGUCAGGAAGUUUCUAGGCUGCUGCAAC